AUGAAAUAAUUAUUCCUGAAUUAUAGGCAUAAUAAUGAAAUGAGAAAAAAUACAUAUCAAAUUCAAUUUAGAAAUGGAGAAACUGUUUCAUCCGAAGGAUUUUUAGAAAGUGAAAAUAAAAUUUAGAGGGUGAAUUUUAUAUUUCUAUUCCCUUUAAGAGCCAUUAAGGAAAACAUCUUCUACUUCUUACUUCUUAUAUUAUAAGCAUUUUCUUCUCUGCCUUUUUAUUUUGUGGCAAUUCCCUUGGUUUUAUAAUAAUGGAUAAUCGAUUUACACAAUUGUUUAAAAAUACGAAACAUGGAUAAAAUGUUAAAAGAAUAAGAGGCAAAAAUUAUAAAGUAAUGGGAUGAUUGCAUAGUUAAUAAGGAAAUUAUAUCAAAAAUAAAGGAAAGAUAGGAUUAGAAAGAAUAGAGUGAGAGUAAUUUGAGAUUAAAAAGUAAGUCUUAAUUUGAAAGAAAUUCGUAAAAUAAUAAGAAAGUUGAAUAUGGUCAGAGUCAUAAGAAAGGAAUCUCUAAAACAAUUAUAUCAAAUGAUUCCAUUCCAUUUUAAUAAAUCCAAUACAAAUAACAACAAAGUAACAAAAAUAUCAAAGCCUCGGACAAUAUUAAGAAAUAAAAUCAAAUGAGUCCAUUAAUUUAUAAGGAUUUGGCUUUGAAAUUGCAAUAAAUCUAAAUAAUGGAAAAUGAUCCUUUGAUUAUUCAAUUUAAAAAGCUGGUUCCAAGCAUAUUUCCUAAAGACCUAGUUUAAACAACUGCAAAAGUACCAUUAAAUGAAAAGUUGAAAAAAAUGGAAAAAGAUAAAAUGAAUUUAAUUAAAUCUCAAAAUGUGCAAGAUAUUAAAAUAGGUGAAGUUAUAUUAUUGCAAAGAAAUGAAAUAGCCCCUUGUGAUAUUAUUGUUUUACAAUGCAAUGAUGAAAAUUUUUGUGUUUAAUAAUAAUUAUGUGAUUACUCUCAAUCAACUGUGAGAAAGCCAGUAGUGUAAAAUAGAUCUGAAUCAUAAACAUUGGUUUAAUUUAAAAAGUCUUUGACUGGAAAUAUAGUAUUUCAUGAACAGAACUCUUAAAUCAAAGGUUUUUUUCAGCUAAAGAAAGAUCCUUAAUCCAAAAUGCUUGACUUUGAAAAUUUUAUAUUCUGCCAAGAGAAAUUAUUGGCAACACCUUGGAUUUUGGGAGUUGUUGUAAAAGUGGGCAAUGGUUGCUUUUGCUAUUAAAAACUCUAAGGAAAAUUAAGAUUUGAUAAUAAUUAAUAUUUUGGAUUUUACUUUGUUAUUUGUGUAAUCAUGAUUAUUUAAAUCAUAGCUUUUAAUCAAAAUGAAUACUUGUUUGAAUUACGAUAGAUAACCUAAAUUGUACUGGAUAAUUGUGUCUAUUUAAUUUUAAUGGUACCUCAUUUCUUUAAGAUUUAUUAUAAUAUAUGCAGUCUAUUUUAACUGACUAUAAUUGGUACCAUGGAUUAAAAAUAAAUUAUGUCAUGUCACAUAGAUAGAUAUUUGGAGAAACAAUUCCUUACUGUUAGUGUAGAAGCAUUUAUAGAAUAGUCAUUUAAAUUGAAACGCAUUAUUUACAACAAUUAAUAUUGUGAUUUUGAAGAAUAACAAUUUUUGCAGUUCUUGACCACUGCAGAAAAUGGAUUAAAUAAAUAAGAUUAAGAACAAAUGAAUAAUUAAUUAAAUUCAUAAGUGGUUAAUUAUGAAAUGUAGAGCUCAAGUUCAGAGAUUUUAUUUAGUUAAAGAGAAUGCAUUGUUAAUAAAGUUCCAAAAUCAGUUGAUGGUAGGUUUAUCCACUUGUAUCAAUAAGAUUAUAAAGAUGAAUUGAAUCUAAAUUAAGCUCAAUUAAUUAUCUAAGAAUAAUUUUAGAAUGAUAAGAAUUUAUUCGAAAAUUAGGAGAUAGGGGAUCAUCUUACGGCUUAAAGAUAAUCUAAUCAAUAAAAAAGCUCAAAAAUAUAUCAAUCAUCAAAGGAUUAGGUAAAAUAAGAUAAGUAUUUAAUUGAUGAAAAUGCUCUAUAUAAAUCUAUGAUAUAGAAUAAUUCAAAAAAUGAGCUCAAUCCUUUACUUUUGUAAUUGGCAAUGAAUCAUCUUGCAUUUUCGAAAUUACUGAUUACCGAAAAACAUGAAUAAAAAGUCAAAAAUAAAUUUCUCAGUUUGCUUGAUUAAAAGUAAGUCAAUAUGGCUAAAAUGAUGGGUUAUGAAUUCAUUUGUGUUAAUAAUGUUUAGUAAUAUAUUUAUCAUAUUAAAUAGGAACUUUAUUAAUUCAAACUAGUCAACACUAAAUUACAUAUCCAAAACCAAAGACUGUAUAUGCUAUUUGAAAUGGAUGAUUGUUCUUAAGAAAUUGAUCAACAAUUCAUUUUAUUUUUGAGAGAAGCUAACGUAAGGAAAAAUGAGAGUAUUGAAGAUAAGGUGUUGAAACUUCAAUCAGAGUCAUUGCAUUACAUAUACUAUUACUAUUGUUUUUUGAGUUAAGAAGAAGCUAACUUAUAUUUAUCUUCUGCAGAGAGUAAUACAUCAGAAAAUUAAUUGUACACGCUCAUGGAACAACUAUUUAAAUUGAAUAUUAUAUUUGGUUUGAGCUAUGAGUUGAAACAGGAUUGUCAAGAUUUUAUGAGAAACAUUAGGAAAUCAGAUUAUUAAUUAUUCAUUUAUACACAAAAUUAGGAGAUUUCAGCAACCUCUAUACUAUACUAAACUGAAUUAUUAUAAUAAAAUGAUUUAAUCUUCCAUUUCAACUAAUAAAAUGAGGAAGAUUUAAGAGCCUACUUUAAGUAAUGUCUAGAAGAAUUUUCCAAUUAGUUUUCUCAUGCUAGCAUCAAUAGUUCUAGAUUUAUCAAAAUAUCUAAUUAUAGUGCUUAAAAGUCUACUGAAUUGGAUCAUGUAGCAGAAAAAUCAAAGACUAAAAAAGUCUUUGUCAUUUUGAACAAUUCAACUUGUUAAUAGAUAAUGGAAAAUGCUUAUUUUAAGAACCAUUUAAAAUUAUUACUUAAUUUUACCAAAGCAUUAUUUUUGUACUAAGCAACUCAAGAUCAAUUAAAUAUUGUUUAAGAUUUAUGGUGUACAUCAGAGAAAACUAUCAAUCUAUUAUAUGAAAAUUAAAGCUUGUUAAGAUGUAUUAGUGGAUGUUAAAUUUAAAUAUUAUAAUUAUAACAAUUUAGCUAAUUUAGGGAUUAGAAAUUCGGAAGAGUGGACAAGAACAAUUUCUUUAGGAAAUUAAAAUAAUCUUUGAGAUAAAGACUUAUUUAUGAAAAAUGCUAUUAUAAUGAAUUGCAAAUUAAUUCAAACACAGAGGUAAUUAUUUAAGGUUUUAAAGAAUUGAAUAGAUUAUUAUUCUUUUAAAGUCCCUUAUUAAAAAUAUUGUUUAGAUCUUUAUAAUAAUAAACUGUCUACAAAACAGUAACAUUUAUAUCUUAUUUUACUUUUACUUCAAUUCUUUACACAUGGAAUACAUUAGAUUAAUUGAAUUACUUGAUAGAAGUAGUAUUCUAUUUUUACAUAUACCAAUUCUUUUUAUUAGGUAUCUAACAUUAUUAAUUUCUUGAUGAUUCAAAAAAACUCAAAUACACUCGGGAUUAAUCUCUUUUACUUUAGUUGUACUCUAAACAUAAAUCUGAAACUGAAAUAUAGAUAUUAAUAAUAAUUAAGAAUAUUUUGUAAGGAAUAAUAAUCUCAUGCAUAUUCUUAUAUGAUAUUUAUUAGAAAGAAUUUUAUCUUUACAUUUUUAUGUCGAUUAGCAUCAGUGAUUGGCUUUGUAUAAUAAUAAAUUUUGGACUGAAAUUAAAAAUUAUAGCUUGUAGUAUCUUUUCACUCCUUUUUUACAUUUACACUUUGCUAGAUGCACAAGAAGAUGAAGAAUGGAAAAAUCAAAUAAAUACUUAGGAAGUAUUUUCAAUUAUCUUAGGAGUUUCUUUUAUGUUAAUUACCAAUAUUCUAGGGGAUUAUCUAUAAAAUUGCAGUGUAAAUGAUCUUCCUAAAAAGGAAGAAGAAUUUUUAUCUUAUUUAAGUUAUAUCCAUCUAAUUAGUGCACCUGUUUAAAAAAAGAAAACUGUAACUAUUUUGUAGAAUAAAGUAAAUGAUCUCUUUGAUAACAUAGAACAAGUAGAUUUGAGCAUCCAAAAAUUAUUGUUAAAUGAGCAAAAUUAUUAGAGCAGGUUUGGUCAAUGGACAUAAUAGAUUUUCCAUAAAGCAUAAACCAUAUUAAAAUGGAAACAAAAAUAAACUAUUUAAUGUCUUUAACUACUAUUUUAUCAUUGCACAUUCCUACUCAUAAUGUAUUUGUAUCAAGAUUACAACAAUUACUUUUUAGUAGAUUAUUUGAUCAUUUUUGGACUUCAAGUAAUUGUAUUUAUCUUAUUUACAUUUAUUCAACUACCAACUAAUAAAUAACAAUAUCUUGAGUAUGCCAAAUUUAUUAUUGCAACUGCAGCAACAGUUUCAAUUCUUUUUACAUCAAAUAACUCUGAACAUAUUGGAUCUACAUUAGUUAUGUAGUAUUUUAUAACUUAUUAAUUAUCCAUAAAAUUCCAUCCAAUUUAUGAUUACAGAUUAUAUCUGGGCUCCACUUUAACAACAAUAAUUGGUUAUAUAAUUUGGUAUAUUAUUGAGAAUGAAUCUAAUGUUUCUUUCAUAAUUUAAAUCUUAUAAUUUAUUGUUCUGUUUUCAGGAUCUCAGUAUUUUGUAAAGAGCUAUGUAAGAUUAUUAACAUAAUAAAUCUAGUAUAUUUAAUUAGAAGAAGAUUAGGCUUAAAAUAAAUUAAACUUUAUUGAGUAAAAUAAUAAAAUUAAUGACAUCCUUGGAAUACUCUUACCAAAAUUCAUUAGAGAUAGAUUAAAUGAAACUGAUUAAUAUAACAUCCAUUAAAACUAAGGUUUAGUGGCAAUUGUCUUUUGUGACAUUUGCAAUUUUGAUUAAAUGGUCAUAGAAGAAAAGGAUAAAAUUAUUCCAUUUUUGGAUGAUAUAUUUAGAACCUUUGAUAAAUUCUGUUAGGUUUAUGGUGUUUAAAAGAUAGAAACAGUUGGAAAAACUUAUUUGGCUUCGGCUGGUCUAUAGGCAUGUGAAUAAGAAUUAACAUAUUUGUCCUAGGUUGAUCCUGUUUAGAGAGCAUUGAAUUUGGCUGAAUAAAUGAUGAAUUAUAUAAGAUCAAAAUAGUGGGGUACAUAGGGUUAAUAAUUAGUUGGGAAGAUUGGAAUUCAUUACGGAGGAGCUAUUAGUGGAGUCAUAGGGUUUCAUAAACCUUAAUUUUCCUUAAUUGGUGACACUGUAAAUACGACGAGUAGAGUUUGUUCAACUGGAUUAGAGGACACAAUUACUUUGUCAGAAUAAGCAUUUGAUUAAAUAAAAAAUGAAAAUAUUGAAUUUGAGAUCAGAAAUGUAGAAAUGAAAGGUUUGGGUAUUAGACCAACCUAUAUAUUUAAAUGUAAGAUUUAAAAUAAAGACAAUACUUAUUCUAUGCAAUAUGAACAGGAUUUGUAAAGCAGAGAUGCAAGAAGCUACGUUGUAAGAAAGAAUCCUGAAAUAUUGAAAAAAAACUUAAAGAAAAGAAAGACCAUUUUGACAUAUAUAGAUACUAUGAAUUAAAGAAGAGAGUCAAUUUAAGAUAAAGGAACUCAGAAUGUUUUUGGUAUUAAACCUACUGAUCCUGCCAUUUAUUAAUCUUAUGAUGAAAAAUCAGAAUAAUCAAUUCAAUUAUUAUCUAAGCAAGUUUCUGAAGAUAAAUAAGGAAAAUAAUAAUCUUUAGAAUAACCAAGUACAUUUAAAAGGUUAGUCACAAUGCUUCAGAACAGAUUUCAAUUAGAAAAUUAUGAACCAGAAAUCGAUGAGAUGAUAGAUUAUGAAUAGUUAUUGAAUGUAAUUUUAUUAAAGAAUGAAUACACUCUAGAACAUAACUUGAUAAAAGAUAUCUCGUUUCUUUAAUUGUUAGAAAUUUCUUAUUAUAAGAAACAAAUGAAUCAGUUUAUAAGCUAUGAUUAGUAUAUGGAAUUUGUGAAAUUUUAGUCGAAGAAUCAGACAAUUUAUAAUUUAAGGUUGUAUACCUUAUAUUAUAUGAUAAAGUAAUUUUGUUAGAUACAAUUCUACAAUGAUUACAAUAUAGUUAUAAUAGUAUUACAAUGGUUCUGCUGCAUUUUGAACCUAAUUCAGUUUUUGAUAAACAGAAAGCCCUACUUUGAAAAAUGGAAGAUCCUUAUAAAAAUGCUAUUACUCAUUUAAGUUAUAUUAGCAGGGAUAGCUAUAGUUUUAGAUGAUAGUGAUGAAUUGAAGAAUGUUCAUGUUUAUGAGAUCGUUUUCAUCUAAUGUGUAUUUUGUAGUGUUUAAAUUCUUAGUUUUUGGGUAAAAGUGUUAUUUUGUUUUUUCAACUUUUUUUACCUAAUAAUAAUCAUUUGCAUUGAUGGAACUUAAUUAAUAAGUAUAUUUUUCAUUUUCGUAAGUUCAAUGUACAAUUUGACUUUGAUAUUAUUCAUCGAACAAUAAUAAGUAGGUUGUUUUAAUCAAAAGAACAUUUUUAAAACUCAACAGCAAAAAGAAUCAUAAUUACUUCAGUAUUUAUUGCCUAAACACAUACUAAAUAAGUUUUUGGAUGACAGAAUUAAUAACAUAGGAAUUUGCGAUAAAUUAGAUAAAUUGACAAUUCUAUUUGCUGACAUUGCUGGUUUUACAGAAUAUUCAAGUAAAGUGAAACCAGAAGAAGUCUUAGUAAUGUUGAAAAAUCUGUUCGUAGAAUUUGAUAGAAAAUGUUGUGAAUUGAAUGUCUAUAAAUUGUACACAAUUGGAGAUUGCUAUGUUGCAAUUGGGAUGAUUGAUUACAAUAAUAGAAAUCCUCAUUAAGAAGCAAAGAAUAUUGUGGAUUUAGCUUUUGAGAUGAUUAAAAUAAUAACUUAGGUGAGAAAGUAAAUAAACUUUGAUGGAUUGAAUAUGAGAAUAGGAAUACAUACUGGCUCAGUGUUUGGAGGAAUCAUGGGAACAGAUAUCGUAAGAUAUGAUAUCUACGGUCCAGAUGUGCUAAUUGCAAAUAAAAUGGAAUCAAAUGGAGUUAAGGGUUUUGUACAUGUUAGUUAAGAAACCAAAGCAUAUUUAGAAUAAGAUUAUGAUGAUCUUUUUACUUUUGAAAUGCAUACUACAAUAGAUCUUAAAACCAUCAAAAGACAGAUUGAAGGAUUUCUAAUACAUAAAUUAGAAUAAGAUCAUUUUCCAGAGGAAGAAGAUUAAUUUUUAAGUUCCUGA